UGUAGUUCAACCAAUAGCAGGUAACAUUCAUCGCUUUACCAAAGCGGUUAGGCUAUAAAUCAAUCCGAGUUCUACAACAACGGCAUGAGUUAUUGAGUAGAUACAAAACAUGGUGAGGGUUUUGGUUACCAAAGCUGAGGCUGAUGCCUUCUUCGAAGAAAAUCAGGAGAAACUGAUCGUAGUAGACUUUUAUGCGGAAUGGUGUCCACCGUGCCAGAAAAUCUCCCCAAUAUUCGAAGAAUUGGCCAACCAAUUCCAGGACGUAUGCUUCGUCAAGGUGGAUGUUGAUGCGAACAGGCCAACAAGCAAGGAAUACAACAUCAAAUGCAUGCCUACGUUCGUCUUUAUGAAGAACAAACGAAUCGUGCAUCAAUUCAGUGGCGCGGAUGAAGUUCAACUGCGCCAAUCUGUGGCCAAAUUUCACUGAGAUAAUGGAUAAGCCGCUCUACUCAGCAAAUGUACACCUUCGGAUUUGCACUUAUAUCAGAUUAUUUUGCUACCUGGCAAAAAUAUCACGUUCCUUUGCAAUAACCUGAUUCCAUGUACCUAAUCCUUUUAGCCUGCGUAUCAAACAAUCGCUACUGUCAUGUCUCAACACCAUUUUGUACGAUCUGAUGAUAUAAUGAAAAUAUAUAAGUGCUUUUCAGAACCGGCUAUU